AGGAUGUUGUCGAGGAGUUCCUGUGUAAGGAGAGUAAGAACGACUGGUACCGGGUUUACCUGAUCCGCAACGUCAGCAGCCAGCACGGUGUAGAGUAUGUCCAGAGAAUGCUGAAGGAUACAGAGAAGUACAGGUGGCUUUUUCCUGAAGAGUUGCAGCAGCAGAAUGAAGAUGUUGGCCAGAUGGACCAGUAUCUCGUCUAUGGAGACGACUACCAGGAUAUCCGCGAGGCUGUUGCCAAAGCAGUACUAGAGGACAGUGUGCAGGAGAUUGAGGAUACCUGUCAGAGAUGUACUGCACCUGCAAGGAGGCGGACCUUGUAUGUCCUGCUGUCUCUUUUCAGAGAAGUCACCAGUCUGUACCGAGCAGCCAACACAGGCCUCCACCCCACCCCUAAGCAAUGCAAAGCACUUGAGGACUUCAUCGAGGGAUCAAGGUACCUAAAUUGCAGGGAAGUGAGGGACUUUGCCAAAUAAUUGGUUCACAACAGGAUGGGAGGACUGAGUGUCCUGGCAGACCGGUCCAGUGUGGAGCACACCCUUAUAGAGCUGGUUGUCCACAUGUCUGCUGUGCUGCUCACUGGGACAGAAGGGCUGCUCACACCUCUUCAGCAGCUUGGCCUGUCUCCCAACAAUAUGCUGAGUGCCUUUCUACCCACAAUGCCUGAGGACAUGCUGGCUGUCGCUCAAAGGCUUAUAACACAGAGUGAAGUGGAUUAUGGACUCUCCUGGUACUCUUGUCCGAAUGGUCACCCCUGUGUUGUGGAUAAGUGUGGUCAACCCACCCAUAAGGCACAAUGUCUAGAGUGUAGGGUGGAGAUUGGAGGGGAGAACCAUGUUCCCUUGACUGGUUUCCAGAAGAUGGAGCUACAGCAGGGAGAUCUCACAAGGACUGGCCACAUCCUGGGAGACCCUCAGAGGAGGGACAACCCAGACACCCUGGACACCAAAAACAUGUCCCUCACCCCCUUCAUCCUGGUCAGACUGCUUGGCCUUCCCUGUGGCUCAGUUGGUAGGGCAUGGUGUUUGCAACGCCUGCAUGGUGUGAGCAACGCCAGGGUUGUGGAGUGUGGGCUGCGACAGAGACCGUAUGGGCUGUGCAUACAGAGCAAAGUGGAGAUGUACACGCCCGAUUAA